ACAUGCUGCUCGGCCUGAAAAGGCAGCGGGGGGAGCCGGAGGGGAAGCAGAGAACGCGAGCUAGGCACCAGCCCGCAGCCCGCCCCCAGCACAUCCUCAGACGCGCAGACACUCUGCCGGGCGCUGGGUGAGGUGGAGGUGAGGGCGGGCGCGGGCGAACUCGGAGAGGGGCUCGCUCACUCCCAAGCGAUCCCAGCCGCCGCCGCCGCACCACCAGCAGCCACAGCAGCCGCAGCCGCAGCAGCAGCAGCUUCCUUCCUCAGACUCCCCUCGCGAGGCUGGCCAAGCGGGUGUAGCCGUUAGGGGAGGCUCCCGCUAGGGGAACCCGGCGAGGGCAAGAGCUUGGGCGUCCGCCUCGCGCUCGGGCCGUCCGGCGGUCUGUGCCUCCGCCCGCGUGCGGGUCCCCAGUGCCGAGGGAUGUAUGUCAGUGUACGCCUCUGAGAUCACACAGCGGUCUGGGGGCCGUGUGAUGCCCAAGGCAAGUCUUGGCUUGUAUUUUUAUUCUUUUAUUAUUAUUAUUUUUUUUUUACGCUUGGCUAACGGGAAAUACUCGGGAUGUUGUAGGAUAAAGGAAAUGAUACUUUGAGGAACUGGAGAGGACAUAGAUGCGUUUUGUUUUUAAGAGAGGAAAUCCAUCCUCUCUUCCCGGCUUGCUCCCUCUUUGCUGAUUUCAAGAGCUACCCUCCUCCUGGUGAGGUGGGGACCCAGCAAGAAGAAAGGUGACGACAGGCCGCCAGGACUCAGAAGGGAAACACUGACCGGUAGGAACCUUUGCAGAGGACACUAAGGAAGAUCACAAGGGAGCGAAAAACACAAAGACUUACCAUUAAACAAGAAAUCUAUAAAAACAGCUCUGGAGAAAACCUUCUCCAAAAUGGAUAUGUUUCCUCUCACCUGGAUUUUCCUAGCUCUCUACUUUUCAGGACAUGAAGUGAGAGGCCAAGCAGACCAACCCUGUGGAGGUCGCUUGAAUUCCAAAGAUGCUGGCUACAUCACCUCCCCAGGUUACCCCCAGGAUUAUCCAUCCCACCAGAACUGCGAGUGGAUUGUUUACGCCCCCGAACCCAACCAGAAGAUUGUCCUCAACUUCAACCCUCACUUCGAAAUUGAGAAACACGACUGCAAGUAUGACUUCAUUGAGAUUCGAGAUGGGGACAGCGAAUCCGCAGAUCUCCUGGGAAAGCACUGUGGAAACAUCGCCCCACCCACCAUCAUCUCCUCGGGCUCGGUCCUCUACAUCAAGUUCACCUCCGACUACGCCCGGCAGGGGGCAGGCUUCUCCCUGCGCUAUGAGAUCUUCAAGACAGGCUCCGAAGAUUGUUCAAAGAACUUCACGAGCCCCAAUGGGACAAUCGAGUCCCCCGGGUUUCCCGACAAGUACCCACACAACUUGGACUGCACUUUCACCAUCCUGGCCAAACCCAAGAUGGAGAUCAUUCUGCAGUUCUUGACCUUUGACCUGGAGCAUGACCCUUUGCAGGUGGGAGAGGGAGACUGCAAAUACGAUUGGCUGGACAUCUGGGAUGGCAUCCCCCAUGUUGGACCCCUGAUUGGCAAGUACUGUGGGACCAAAACACCUUCUGAACUCCGUUCGGCCACAGGGAUCCUCUCUCUGACCUUUCACACGGACAUGGCGGUAGCCAAGGACGGCUUCUCUGCACGUUACUACCUGGUCCAUCAAGAGCCGCUGGAGAACUUUCAGUGCAAUGUCCCUCUGGGAAUGGAGUCUGGCCGGAUUGCUAAUGAACAGAUCAGUGCCUCAUCUACGUACUCUGAUGGGAGGUGGACACCUCAGCAAAGCCGGCUCCAUGGUGACGACAAUGGCUGGACACCCAACUUGGACUCCAGCAAGGAGUAUCUCCAGGUGGACCUACGCUUUCUAACUGUGCUCACAGCCAUUGCAACGCAGGGAGCGAUUUCCAGGGAAACUCAGAAUGGCUAUUAUGUCAAAUCCUACAAGCUGGAAGUGAGCACUAAUGGUGAGGACUGGAUGGUGUACCGACACGGCAAGAACCACAAGGUCUUCCAAGCCAACAACGAUGCCACGGAGGUGGUUCUGAACAAGCUGCACUCGCCGCUGCUGACACGCUUCGUCAGGGUCCGCCCGCAGACCUGGCACACGGGCAUCGCCCUUCGCCUGGAACUCUUCGGCUGCCGUGUCACAGACGCCCCUUGCUCCAACAUGCUGGGGAUGCUCUCGGGGCUCAUUGCUGACUCCCAGAUCUCUGCCUCCUCCACCCGUGAGUACCUCUGGAGCCCCAGUGCCGCCCGCCUGGUCAGCAGCCGCUCAGGCUGGUUCCCUCGGAUCCCUCAGGCACAGCCAGGCGAGGAGUGGCUCCAGGUAGACCUGGGAGCACCCAAGACCGUGAAAGGCGUCAUCAUCCAGGGGGCCCGUGGAGGAGAUAGCAUCACUGCGGUGGAAGCCAGGGCGUUUGUGCGCAAGUUCAAAGUCUCCUACAGCCUCAAUGGCAAAGACUGGGAGCAUAUCCAAGACCCCAGGACCCAGCAGCCAAAGCUGUUUGAAGGGAAUAUGCACUAUGACACCCCUGACAUCCGGAGGUUUGACCCUGUCCUGGCGCAGUACGUGCGGGUGUACCCGGAGAGGUGGUCACCCGCAGGCAUUGGGAUGCGGCUGGAGGUGCUGGGCUGUGAUUGGACAGACUCAAAGCCCACAGUUGAGACACUGGGACCCACCGUGAAGAGCGAAGAGACCACCACCCCGUAUCCCACUGAUGAAGAGGCCACGGACUGUGGGGAGAACUGCAGCUUUGAGGAUGACAAAGAUUUGCAGCUCCCUUCAGGAUUCAAUUGCAACUUUGAUUUCCCGGAGGAGCCCUGUGGUUGGAUGUACGAUCAUGCCAAGUGGCUCAGGAGCACCUGGGCCAGCAGUUCCAGUCCUGAUGACCGGACGUUUCCAGAUGACAGGAACUUCUUGCGGCUGCAGAGUGAUGGGCGGAGAGAGGGCCAGUACGCGCGACUCAUCAGCCCACCGGUCCACCUGCCGCGGAGCCCCGUGUGCAUGGAGUUCCAGUACCAAGCCACGGGCGGCCGCGGGGUGGCGCUGCAGGUGGUGCGCGAAGCCAGCCAAGAGAGCAAGCUCCUCUGGGUCAUCCGCGAGGACCAGGGCGGCGAGUGGAAACACGGGCGCAUCAUUCUGCCCAGCUACGACAUGGAGUACCAGAUUGUGUUUGAGGGAGUUAUAGGAAAAGGACGUGCGGGAGAAAUUGCCAUUGAUGACAUUCGGAUAAGCACCGAUGUCCCGCUGGAGAACUGCAUGGAACCCAUCUCAGCUUUUGCAGGUGAGAAUUUUCAAGGGGGCACCCUCCUACCGGGGACCGAGCCCACAGUGGACACGGUGCCCGUGCAGCCCAUCCCAGCCUACUGGUAUUACGUUAUGGCCGCCGGGGGCGCCGUGCUGGUGCUGGUCUCCGUCGCGCUGGCCCUGGUGCUCCACUACCACCGGUUCCGCUAUGCGGCCAAGAAGACUGAUCACUCCAUCACCUACAAAACCUCCCACUACACCAACGGGGCCCCUCUGGCGGUGGAACCCACCCUAACCAUUAAGCUAGAGCAAGACCGCAGCUCGCACUGCUGAGGGCCGAAGCAAGGACCGCACCCAAAUCAAACAAGAAAGACUGCAAACACGUUGCCUCGAUUUUGCACUUUUUCCUCCUCGCCUAGUCUCUGUGUGAACGCUCAGACAUCUCUGUCUCUGGGCCCAAACCCUGUGCGCUCGUAUCCAUCCCGACCAUUCUCCUCGGGUUCUUUUGUUUGUUUUCCUUUUGUUGAUUCCAAACCGCCCAACCCCAACUCUACAAUGCUGCAUCUUGGAAUACGAGAAGAGACACGCCCCUAAGCACCUCACAACUCACGGCUCAGCUGGUUUCCUUCCAGAGACUGGUUCCUUGUUUCUUCCCCUUGCCUUAGCCCAUCCCUCCUCUCUGGUGGGCAGUCUGCCAGGAGACUUGAGGGGAAACCCGGAUCUGUGUGUUUGUACAUAGUAUACAUUUGCGCCUGUGAAUAGCUCUGUGUGUGCGUGGGUGUGAGAGAGAGACUGGUUCAUUGGGGUGGGGGGAGUGUGUGAGUGUGUUCAGAGAGGGCCCCCUUUAACUCUUGUGUUACUUCUCCGGGGGUACAUGUUCCAGAAAAUAAUAUACUGUACUAGUUCUGUUUACUUGGAGAAGAGAUUGAAGCUUUUUGUUGCCUUAUCUAGCUCUGGCUGGAUUUCUGUUGGCUUACCAUUGUCAUCUCCAGGUACCUAAAACUAGAGGUCACAUGAGAAGAAAUGUGGCCCCUCCCAUCCCUGUCCCCAGGCCCCACCCACCUGACCCAAGAGAAGGUUCUCCCACUGCACUCAGACCAGACAUGACUCCUAGCUAGUCCCGUCUGGGGGGUGUCUGAAGUUACACAGUAACAGCCAUUGGGUGCCUGUGGAACCAUCCCUUACUUCCAGCCCUGAAGCAAAUUUGUCUCAUGUUGCCUUAUAAAAGAGAAGCUCAUAAUGAAUGUUUAGCUUUUAUCAGUUAAGUCCAAUCUUGGAAUAAGUCAUAGAGAAUAACCAUUCUGAGACUGAUGUAUGAAAAAGCAGUAGCCUGUUGAGAGCAGGAGGAAGUGGAGAAGGAAGGAUUGAAAUGUUGUCUUUAAAAAAAAACCCUCACCCCAGGGGGUUCAUUCUGCCCACUAGGGGAUGGGGUGGAGUAAGAAGGUUAAAAAAGUGUAUUCUUUGGUAUCAUAUGGAUCAUUGGUUAAUAGCAUUUGUAAAAUAUUGGGAAAAGGGGGUCAUUUGCUUUACUUUCAUGGUGUUAAUGUGUGCCUGAAUCUAUAGCCACUAAAAUAAAAGGCUGUUCCCCUGACUUAUUUGAAUAUUAUGAGAGAAUAAAAAGUUACCAUUUGUUUAAAUGUACUAAUGUGCUACCCCUUAAAGCAUUCAUGGCAUCUGGUAAAUACACCCUCAUAGGCUGGCCUGGCAUUUCCAGAUGUUACUGCUUCGUCAGGAGAAGGUAUAAGGAAGAUAAAUCCGUUGCUGCCCAUUUGUCCUCUCUAAGCAACGCAGGGAGAGGGAUGUUAGAGAUAAAUUGCCUAAUGAUAUUGUACGAAGGAUAGAUUCAAUAAUGAAGCCAAUUUCAUUGAUAGAAAAAUGCAUAUUUUAACAAGAUUCUCAGUGUACUGGGGCUUAGGCUUGGGGGGUGUUUAUUUCUCACCUUCCUGCUAGGAAUCCACUGGGGAAGUGUAAGAUUCUCUCCAAAGAUGGUUGCCUGGGCUGAAAGCCUCCAGGUACCCUCUGAGAACAAAAUACUAAUGAUUUUUUUGGCUGCUUGCGGGAGAGAGACUUAGCAUUCUUUUGGAAUAUUCACAUAGGUCCCUCCAACAAACGCACACUCAACUUUCGCAUCUGGUUUGUUUCAUCCUCCUGAAAGAAUGGUGCUCUCCCACUCUUAUUCUAUUUCAAAGAGCUAGUCUGUCUCAACUACAGCAGCCCUGCCAAAAAAGGAAGAUGAAAGGCUAGAGCAUGAGCUACCUUGAGAUUUCAAGACGUGUCUUACCCCAGCUGAAGAUGGAGAAAGAAAGAGGGGGAGAGAGAGGAGGGGUGGCAGGGUACCAUGGAUACCUUACAAUGACUUUCAUGCCCAUCAUGAGGGCUUUUUAUCUCGGGUGUCUGUAUCCAGUGAUGUGUUUGGGGCCAGGCGUUCCCUUGAAAUGAUUGACAUCCCUAUAGGCACCCCAUGGAAGCAUGGUGUCGGGAAAUGACACCUGAGAAGUCCGGCCGGUGUAGCAACUGUCUGAGUUACCAUACACCCGUGAGGAUUUCCCUUCUCUAAAAGAUGACAACAAUUUUGUGAAUUUGCUGUAUCUUUAUCUGAUGCCCCAUGGUGGCAUCCUCUGUAUGUACAUGCUGUCAUUGAGAAUAUGAGACUGCUCAAAUCUCUGUGAAUCCCAUAAUGCACUUCAGCUGGGGAUGUCACAUCUCUCUCUCUCUCUCUUUGUCUCUCUCCACUUUCUUGGCCCCAGCAACUUUCAUAGUAUUAUCCAGGUACUAUGCUAAAAGGGCAGCUCUUCUGUAAUGUCAUGCCUUGCAGCUUUAAAAAGCAAAAUUCUGUAUUUCAUGGAGGAAGGGAAGGGUCCCUCUCUUCUAAAAAAAAAAAAAAAAUAGACUGGACAGGUGAAUGCAUGCAUGCAUGUUUAGAGUUGCUUCUCAGAAGACAAAGAGGUGAUAGCAACUAUUAAAAAAUAAAUGAAUGAAAGGAAGGUCUAGCUCGGGCUGGUAAAGUUUUUGCCUUAGUAGAGCUUUCAUGUUAACAGUUCCAGGAGGGAAACCCUUAUCUCUGGGGUGAAAAAAAUCCCUUUCUUGGUAUUAUGCUAGCAAUUGCUAUCCCUUAAUUGCCUGUGAAGGCAGAAGAAAGAAAAAGAGGAUCAUAGCAUUGCCAUUGACAAAACAGAAUGCUGAAAGUAAAUUAUCUUUUCCCUUGUCCCACAUUAUUGGGAUUAAAGCCAGAAUAGGAUAGGAAAUCCAGUAACAUUUCUGAGGUUGAUACCCCAUCUUUAAGAAGACUGCGUCUUUAAAAGUGAAGCUAGCGGGCAAGUAAACACCUAAAUAAUCGAAAAUUACCAAAGAACAACAGCAAAACAAGAAAACUUAAAGAUUUUUACUUCCUAUUCUUAUCCCCUUGCCCUAUAACUGUGACAUCUCUUGCAUUGCUCAGUUGCCUGUGUGUCAAAAUACCUUGUGGACAUUGAAAACUAUUUGAAAAUGUAUUGUGUGGAAUGUAAUAAAAUGAUGAUAUUUUUAUACAAA